GCGGGCGCGUGCGCGAGCGCGAGCACGGGCAGUGUGCACGCGCCGCCUCUCUCCGCCGCCGAGGCGCUGUCCGCGCUGCUGUGGCAGCCUUACGAGUGCCGUUCGCCCCCGCUGCCCCGCUCGCGUACCGAUGGAGCGCUCACCGUGCGCCGGGGGGCGCCCCAGUCGCCGAGCGGCGGUCGUCAUGCACGCGCGUCGUACGCAUCGUACCGCGCCACCACUUACGAGAUGCGGCUGCCCGUGCCGGCGCCAGCGCCGCUGCGCAAGUCGGACUCGGUCUCGGUUCGAGUGCCGGGCGAGCCGAGCCGAGAGAACGUGUCGAAUGUGAACGUGAACAUAGUGCGAGUGGAUUCACCGCCAGGUUUCGAAGUGAACGGUGGCGUGCAAACGGAACGGGAGAGGAGCGUCGCGAGUGCCGAGUGCCAGACGGAAGAGCCAGCGCGGCGGCGCAGGCCGAGGAGAGCGCGAGCGCCGCGCGCUCCCGACCCCGCGCUUGAGAGCGUGCCCCCGCCGCCCUACAGCACGCUGCCGCCGGCCGUGCACCAGUUGCCGGUGCACCCGGUUCCCGUGCCCGUUGCUGUCCCGGUGCCCCCGGCGCCCAUCGUCGCGGCGCACCCUCCGGCGCAUCGGUUCCCCUUUCAGCCGAUCCCACUCAGAUCUGGACGGGGCGCGGCAUACGCGUGCUCCGAAGGUGAAGGCAACGCUCCUAAAUCGUGCUGCGGCCGGCCCCCGCUGAGACUGUGCGUGCUGUUCCUUGGCGUGGUGGGUGCCUGCCUGGUGGCUGCGGGCGCAGUCCUCGGCGCCCUCAGGCCGCAUCCCAGAGCACCUCUCACAUUAUUGCUUCUUAUGAUAGGAAUAGGUGUAGUGCUUGUGACAGCGGCGGGGUUGGCGUGGAGGUUGGGUGCAAGGGACGCGCCGUGCGCGCUGCUGGGGCUGAGGCGAGCGUCAUGCCGGCGCUUCGUGCCGCGACUGCCGCCUAGCUACGCACGCCCACACCAUCCGUACGCGGCCAUGCUCUACCCGGAGUUCCACUACAGGCCGCCCCCACCCACCUACCAAGCUUCAAUGCAGGAGUAUAGACUCAGGUUACUUCUUCUCGAUAGAAGUGCGCCAGCGCUGUCGCCGCCACCUACAUACAGAUCAAACUCAGCCAGUCUAGUCAGAGGAACCACAGCCGCAACGUGGUGCGGCUCGGAGUACAGUGGGCCCCCGUCUUACAGAGCGCCGCGCGCUGAGCCCCCGCCCGCCGUCACCGACGUCCCUUCCCCCAUCGACCUCAAGUACUCAGGGGACGCUAUCGAGUCCCCGCUACCAGAACAGAAGGAUCCUGACGAACAUCUCGUCACCAUAGUGCAUACUGAAGCCCAACCAGUCAUAGUAACAGUGUCAGGCUCACCCGCGCUCAAUGAAACUCACAUCACACAUACCUCUGAAAUCGAUAUAUUAGCCCAUUUAUAACGAAACAUUGGUUACUCUGGAAAAAAGCGUAACGAGGUUUUGAAUCCGAAAAAAAUGAAUACAGUCGACAGAUUGAAACUAAAAUGUUAUAAUGUGAAUAUGUGUAA